AUUACCUCACCUCACAGACUCUCUUCAGACAACUUUUGUGGACUAGUCGUCCUUCUCUUGACCUUUGUCUACCAAAAUCCUAGAUGGGUUUUUGGUACCAAGCUCUGUUAACAUUGUUUCUUCAAGCUCUGUUUGUUUCUUUGUCUUUGCAAGAGGCAAGAACAGAGCAAGUCUACAAUGUGAGCAAUUUGAGAGGUAGAGAGUUAUUAGCAGCAAAUGGGUGUAAUUUGUUUCAAGGGAAAUGGGUUUUUGAUUCUUCUUAUCCACUCUAUGAUUCCUCAAGCUGUCCUUUCAUAGAUCCUGAAUUCAAUUGCCAAAAAUAUGGUCGCCCUGAUAAUGGGUAUCUCAAGUACUCUUGGAAACCUGACUCCUGUAACUUACCCAGGUUUGAUGGGAAUGAGUUUCUGAGAAGGUGGAGAGGAAAGAACAUAAUGUUUGUGGGUGACUCACUGAGUCUGAACCAGUGGGAAUCGUUGUCAUGUAUGGUUCAUGCGUCGGUGCCAAAAGCCAAAACCUCCUUCGUCAGAACGGCCUUGCUGUCUCAUGUGACCUUCCAGGAUUAUGGAGUAACAUUGUACCUAUAUCACUCAACAUACUUGGUAGAUAUCGUAAGAGAAAAGGUUGGGCGAGUACUGAAACUUGACUCCAUCCAAGGUGGCAAUUCAUGGAAACAAAUGGACAUGCUGAUAUUCAACACGUGGCAUUGGUGGACCCACAAAGGCAAAUCUCAACCAUGGGACUAUGUGCAAGAUGGGUCAGCCAUGUUGAAAGAUAUGGACCGUCUGAUGGCAUUUUAUAAAGGGUUGACAACUUGGGGUAGAUGGGUUGACCGAGAUAUUGAUCCUUCCAAGACCAAAGUCUUCUUCCAGGGGAUUUCUCCAACCCAUUACCAGGGAAAAGAAUGGAAGUCAGGAUCAAAGAACUGCAUGGGAGAGCACUUACCAUUCACUGGCUCGACUUACCCGGCUGGCAUACCUCCGGCUGCCAUUGUUGUCAACAAAGUGUUGAGCAGAGUCAAGAAACCAGUCUAUCUUCUAGACAUCACAACACUUUCACAGUUGAGAAAAGAUGCUCACCCGUCAGCUUAUAGCGGCGACCACUCUGGCACCGACUGCAGCCACUGGUGCCUCCCCGGACUGCCUGAUACUUGGAACCAGCUCCUGUAUGCAGCACUUAUGUAAAAUUGAAGACUAGAAAGUGUGAUUAUUUCCUCACUCGUAUUUUUUUUGUCUUUUUUUUUUUUUCCCGUCUACUUCAAUGGUAGAUAAUAAAGUGGGCAAGUGGCAGCCAAGCGUUCACAGCCUCACGAGCAAAAAAAAAAAAAAAGAGUGGGCAAGAAUCAAUUGUAAAGUAAUUGAUUUUUUAGGGACAACAAAAGUUGCCAUUUAUAUGCUUUGGGUGUAUAGGGAAGCAAAUAGGAAAUCACUUUAAGCACAUUUUAUGUAACAGUGUAAUUUGAUAUUU